AUGGACAGCGACACGGACCAGCAUGGUUUGCGCUUCAGUGAGGAACAAUACCAUAAUUCUGGGGGCUUUUCUAAUGAGGAGGGUGGGUUUUUCAGUGAUGAAUCAAGAGGGGAGACCUUCACAUUUGGCUUGGAUGAGUCCACAAACUGUUUACGUUACAAGGGGAAGAAGUAUGAAGACCUACAAUUUUCAGACAUGAAUGGAAUAUUUUUUCGUUCAGUUGAGGACGUUGAGAGAUUUUAUGCAUACCACUCAAUCGCCAAGGGGUUUUCCGUAAGGAAGAGCAAAUCCGAUAAGGACCGUGGUGGUCAAAUAUUUAGAAGAUCGCUCUGUUGUUCUAAGGAGGGCUGGCGUAAGGUUCAAAACCCAAAGAAGCGUACAAAAGUGGUUGGUAGUGUCUCCUCUCAAGGCAAAAAUAAAGAACAACCUGGAAUUAAGAGGAUGGUGACUAGAUGCGGUUGUCCAGCCCGCCUAACUGUAUUGCGUUGCAAUAAAACUGGUUCUUUCUACGUGUCGCAGUUUGAUACCGACCACAACCAUGCUCUGGUUCAAAAGGAAAUGGUUCAUUUUCUUAGGUCAAACAGGAUGGUUGGAAAACACGCGUCUGCACAAGUUAGCUCAUUGAAAAAGUUUCCGUUCCUACUUGCCGCGCUUACGAAUUGUUAG